AUGUCCUUUGACGAGGACAUCACGCCGCUACUGCAAUACCUCUGGCGUAACGAUCUCGUAUCUGCCGACGCCCGGAUCGGGCUUGUUGAGUUUGGCUCCGAAGCCUACCACGCCGGCAACAACGUAACCUUCAGCGCCGGGGAUUUCAGAUUGGACGUCUGGCCCGGGCCUCCUGUCAAGUUAGAACUGGACCCGGUGGCAGACAACUGCGACCCUCCCCAGAGCCCCGGGGGGCCGCAGUCGCCGGAGGAAGGAAUCGGCGUCCGGGCUCUACAGACUUCGUUGGGGGGCAUGUUGCACUAUGACAAAAUUCUCCGCGUGUGA